AUUAAGUUCAUACAAAAUUAAACACUCUUAAUUAUAAUUUUCUAAUCAACUUAACUAAUUAAGUAAGGAUAUCGAAGAAGACGAUGAUGAUGCAGGAUAUGACUCAGUUAGGGUCGAUGAUGGCCGGUCUUAUGUUCGUGUUGGCAAUUUUCCAGAAUUGGUUUCCGGACGAGCUUGGUCAUCAAAUUGAAAGAUAUUUUCAAAGACUUGUUAGAUAUAUGAACCCUUAUAUCACAAUCAUUUUUCAUGAAUACCAAGUGGAUGAUUUCGAGCGAAGUGUGGCUUAUAUGGCCAUUGAACGCUACCUUAGUGUCCAUUGUGCCAAUGGAGCUAAACGCCUUAGGGCGAAUAUGAUCAACAACUAUAAAUCUAUUUUUCUAAGCAUCGACGAAUAUGAAGAGGUCACGGAUGAGUUUAAAGGUAUCAAGCUAUGGUGGAGUUCUAGCAUAAAAGUCCCCCAACAAAAGGCACUUGUUGCAAAUAGUGAUGAUGAAGAAAAGAGGUACUACAAGCUUACAUUUAACAAAAAACACCGAGAUGUCAUCACGAACGCUUACUUGCAAAACGUGAUUGAUGAAGGCAAGACUAUUGCCGCGAAAGCUAGGCAACGAAAGCUUUAUACUAACAAGAGAGGUAAUUGGAGCCACAUCAUAUUUGAGCACCCGUCUACCUUUGACACUCUUGCAAUGGACCCGAAAAAGAAGAAGGAUAUUUUGGAUGAUAUUAUGACAUUUAGCAAGUCCAAAGACUACUAUAAGAAGGUGGGCAAGUCGUGGAAGCGAGGAUAUCUUCUUUAUGGGCCUCCUGGAACCGGAAAGUCUAGUAUGAUUGCUGCUAUGGCUAACUUUCUUGAUUAUGAUAUCUUUGAUCUUGAGUUAACUUCCGUGCAAGAUAACACGGAUUUAAGGAGGCUACUAAUCCACACAUCAAGUAAGUCUAUUAUUGUGAUAGAAGAUAUCGAUUGCUCACUUGAUCUCACGGGUCAAAGGACGGAGAAAAAGGAUCAGGACAACGGUGAGGAAAAGACGAAUAAUCAAAUUCAAAACCAAGAACAAGAUAAGAAAAAAAAGGGAAGUGAAGUUACUUUGUCUGGUCUUUUGAACUUCAUUGAUGGGCUAUGGUCAGCGUGCGGUAGUGAAAGGCUUAUCGUGUUCACUACAAAUCACAUUGAAAAGCUUGAUCCUGCUCUUAUUAGGAGAGGAAGGAUGGAUAAGCAUAUUGAGUUGUCCUAUUGUUGUUAUGAAACGUUUAAAGUUCUCGCGAAGAACUAUUUGAAUCUAGAAUCACACGAGUUGUUUGCAACCAUUAGUCAACUAUUGGAAGAGACUAAAAUGACUCCGGCCGAUGUUGCUGAAAACUUGAUGCGAAAAACAGCUGAAGAGAGUGUUGAGAGUUGCUUAAGCCGUCUGAUCAAAUCUAUUGAGAAUGCAAAAGAAGAAGCAAGACUCAAAGUUAUAGCGGAUGAUGUAGUAGACAGUGGCGGAUCUAAGAAAAAAAGUCGUUGGUGGCACCGUAUAUACAAAAGGUCUAAUGGUAAAAAGAGUGAACAAAAUAGUGAAAAGUCACAAGACACUACUACAGGCUCAAGCGAUGCAGACUCGACUGAUGAAGAAUGAAGCGAUUUAGAUCGAGAAAUGUUAACUCCAAAGUCCACACAUACAUACAUAUAUAUAUAUAUGGUUAUUUAAUUAGUUGUUUAUUUACAUGUACAAGUUGUACCUUUAAUUUUCUGUAUGUUGUAAUUACGAGUAUAUAUCAUGAAAUGUUGGUACAUAAAUAAGAUAGUG